AGUUUCACUUGUAUCGUGAAAGUGAUCAGAGUGCUUCUGUCAUUUAUUUUUCUUUUUGAUAUUUUCAAAGCGUUAACAGAAGGAAUUCUUUCGGAUAUCAACAGAAGAAAAUUUAAAUCGCGUGUGUUUGAAAGUGAAAUCUUUGUGCUGUCUCGCAAAGUUGACUUUUUCACUUGCAUUAAGUAAUUUGUAAUUGUAGGGAAAAGUAAAAGAAUUGUUUCUUAAAAAUAUCUUAAACAACGAGAUGAACGAUCGUUGAAUUUCCCUUAAAUAUUUGAAACAAUUGCUUUUGCGAGGAAAGAAAAUAAUUAAGCGAAUCAGUGAAAAGUCUGUGACAGAUCGUGGAAGUAGAAAACAAAAUUGCUAGAAGUGUGAAGGUGGCAAAUUGGCUGAAAUACAAAAGAAAGUAACGGGAAAAAUACUCACCGAGUGUCUGCAGAUAAUAAAAAAUUCGUUCAAGUAAAUCGAGUUAUGAUUCUUCAGUUGAUGGUGGCGCAGGUUUACAAUGGUGCGGUUUAACAAGAAGGAAAGUGAAGCUCGUAAGGAGUUGCUGGCGAGCAUGAAUCAAAUGAAUGAUGGCAAAGAGAACGAGAAUGCUGCAUUCCAACAUGUCAGAGAAAACAUUUCGGAUCUGGAAGGAACGGCGAAUGAAACAGAUUUGGUUUUCCUUCAAGGAUUAUUAGACAACCCAGCAGUUAAACAAUUGAUUAAGAUUCAAGACAAAUUCGAAGAGUCACCAGAACCGUUGAAGCCAGUUCGUUUAGGGAAUCUGAGAGUCGUGAAGGAGUUGGAAGAUCGUUUAAGUAUCGCAAGAAAUCCUCAAGCGAGAGAACUUUUUAGAAUUAUUAGAAAUCCACAUUUCAAAUCGUUAAUUCAUUCACACGACCAAGCAGGUGAUAUCGUUUACAGGAAGCUUAAGAAUCCUGGGAAAUACGAUAAAAAUAUAAAAGACGAAACAGACGGAAACACGAUGCCAGUCGGAGAAGCGAUAAAGAUGGUGGGAAUCCGAAAAAAUCCCAAUGAACCUCUCGGCUUAACUGUCGAGGUUGAUGAUUACAAACAAGUAGUUGUAGCGAGAAUUCUCGCUGGUGGAAUGAUCGACAGACAAGGUCUGUUGAAUCCAGGCGAUGUCAUCUUAGAGGUGAACGGAGUCGCUGUCCAUUCACCAGAAGAACUACAAAGUGAGAUCUCACGGGCAAAGGAGUCAGUAACCUUAAAGAUCGGACCAAAUGUCGACGAAGAAAUGAAAUCAGCUCGCUUGACUUCAAGCAAUGGAGCACAGGUAAAAAGCAAGACACAAGAAGCUGGCAAGAAACUGGCGAGAUACAUGCGAGCCUUAUUUGAUUACGACCCAACAAAUGAUGAACUUUUACCGUGCAAGCAAAUUGGGUUGUCAUUCUUGAAUGGCGACAUUCUACAAAUAAUCAGCAUUAAAGAUCCUAAUUGGUGGCAAGCAAAACAUGCCGGUACUGAGGGUCCCAUCGGCUUGAUUCCAUCACAAGAACUUGAAGAACGUCGCAAAGCUUAUGUUCCACCUGAAGCUGAUUUUGUUCACAAAAUUGGAAUUUGCGGGACGAGAAUAUCAAAAAGAAAAAUCAAAACAUUCUACCAGUCAAAAGCCAAUUGCGAUUUUGACAAAGCUGACACGACUCUCUAUGAGGAAGUGACAAGAAUGCCACCAUUCAAAAGAAAAACUCUUGUUUUAAUCGGUGCUCAAGGAUAUUGGUUUGCUGAUCGUGAAGAUAUGGAAGAAGAAAUUCAUUUAAACAACUUUCUCGAGUAUGGCGAACAUAAUGGAAAUCUUUAUGGAACGCAUUUAGAUUCAAUCAGAAAUGUCAUCAAAGAAGGAAAAAUGUGCGUCUUAGAUUGCGCACCUUCGGCAUUGAAACUCCUCCAUAACAGCCCUGAGUUUAUGCCAUUUGUUAUCUUUAUUGCAGCACCAGGAAUGGAACAAUUGAAACUUCUCUACGCUGAACGACGUGCUGCUGGUGGAUCGCAAAGAAAUCUUGCUUUUGACCGUCAAAGCUCGAUCAGGUACAGUUCACGUCGUGCUCGAACUCUUGAAUCUCUUGCUUCUCUUUACGAGGAUGAUGAACUUGUCAAUCAAGUAGAGGAAUCUGCGAUGCUCCAAAGGAAAUAUGAAAAAUACUUGGACAUGGUCAUCGUGAACGAAGAUUUUGAUCAAACUUUCCGACAAGUCCUCGAUGCUUUGGAUGUCUUGAGUCAUGAACAUCAAAUGGAUGCAAAUGACAAAAAUCGUACAAAGCAGUGUAACCCUACACACAAGCCAUCUGGUCCAGGGCAUAAUGCAGGGUAUGAUGGACCACGAGAUAAGCAUGUCAUGGACAACAAAGCCAACAUGGGUCAGCCAACGCACCCAAGCAAUGCCGGCAAGAAGUGAAUUCUAAAAGUUUCUAUAAAGUAGCUGCUUUCUAAAUAGCUAUAGAUUUCCUUUAUACAUAAAAAAAGUUAUUGGAAUAAAUAGAAAUCUAUUGAAAUCAAA